UCUGUGGAAACCUGGACGGACAGUGAUCUGAGAGUUUCAGAAGACAUGGCUGAAGGAAGCUCUGCUCUGGAGAGGUUCCUGACCUGCCAGGUGUGUCUGGAGACAUUCAGGGACCCGGUGUCUCUGAGCUGUAACCACAGCUUCUGCUCAAGCUGCCUGAAACUCUUCUGGAAGAAAGCUGGGAAACAGAACUGUCCUGUUUGCAAAAGAAGAAUCUCCAAAGACAUUCCUGUGAACUUUGCUCUGAAGGAGCUGGCAGAGUCGUUUGCUGGCAGGCAGAGAUCUGGGUCAUCUGAGGGAGAAGAGCGGGUGAAGAAGGUGGAGCUGGUGUGUGUUGAACACCGAGAGGAGCCCAGAUUGUUCUGUGUGCAGGAGCAGAGGGCUCUGUGCACCGCCUGCCACUUCCCCCAUGACGGCAGCCACGAGGUGCUUCCUGUGGAAGAAGCAGUGGAGGAUCUGAAGGAGACGCUGAGGCGGGACUUCAAGUCUCUGCGGGACAAGAGGAAGAAAUGCCAACGCCUGUGGAAAACGUACAGCGACGUGGUCCAGGAGUCCAGGAGGCAGCUGGAGUCCACAGAGACGCAGAUCAGAGCCCAGUUCCACAAGCUGCACCAGUUCCUGAGAGAGGAGGAGGAGUCCAGACUGGCAGCCCUGAGGGAGGAAGAGGAGCAGAAGGCAGAGCGUCUGAGCAGAGGGAUGAAGAGGGUGGAGGAGCAGACGUCCUCCCUGUCAGCCUGCAUGGCCGCUGUGGAAGCAGAGCUGCAGAGGGCUGGCGGGUCGUUCCUCAGCAGCUACAGGGACGCCCAGAGCCGAGCCAGAGCCCAGUGCUCGCUGCCGGACCCACCGCCGCCCGCAGGACUGCUCAUCGACGUGGCCAAACACCUGGGGAACCUGUCCUUCUCCGUCUGGAGCAGGAUGAGGGACCUGGUCCACUUCACUCCUCUCAUCCUGGACCCAAACACUGCAGCGCUCAGCCUCCACCUCUCUGAGGAUCUGACCAGCGUGAGACGGGGAGACAGACGGCAGCAGCUUCCCGAUAAUCCAGAGAGAUUCUCUCAGUAUGUUAACGUCCUGGGCUCCGAGGGCUUCGGCUCCGGGAGGCACAGCUGGGAGGUGGAGGUGGGAGAUCAUCCAGAGUGGAUCAUCGGACUGGCCAAAGAGUCGGUGGACAGGAAGGGAAAGAGAUCCGUUUCCCCAAAACACGGUCUCUGGUGUUUAUGGCAUCGGGACGGAAAAUACACCAAUGGUUGUGGUGAGCCCGUCAGGGUGAAGGACAGUCCCCAGAGGAUCCGAGUCCAGCUGGACUAUGACAGGGGGACGGUGUCCUUCUACGACUCUGAAGACCUGAGCCACAUCUGCACUCACAGAGACGCCUUCACUGAGAAACUCUUCCCUUACCUCAGUGUUGGUGACGCUGCUGGAGCCCAAACCUCGACUCUCACCGUCUGCCAGCCUGGGCUUAAGCGGGCCACACACAUCAAGAGUUUCAACAUCUUAAGAGAGUAUUUGUCUCUUUCAGACAACCUGAUUGGACGUGACAUGUCUUGGUGGUGUGAGCCUUAUGUAGUAUGUCCCCCUCGCUCCCACAGCGCAUGAGG